AUGGAAGUCUUCCUAAUCUACCUCUACGUUGUAGGCGCAAUUGCUACUUUGCUCUUCUUUCUGCAAUAUUUUAAUCCCCGAUCGACUUCUCGCGUUCAUGGGAUUCUCUUCCUCUUCAGGAGAUAUUUGGUGCUCCCAUAUCUCAUCAAGAGAAGAAGAUUGUGGGGUCCGUUGACCAGAUGCCAGGCCCUUCUAUACUGUGUCUACAGUGCAGGUACCAUUGCUGCCAAUGUGACCAAGGCGCCAACGUUAGAAGUCGCUCGUGCACGUGCUGGGUCUCUCGCCGUUCUACACAUCUCUUUGCUUUGUACAGUCCCUAGCCUUAGUCUCGGGGCUUCAUUCUUCAGGCUUUCGCUGCCCACAUACCGUCGGUUACAUAGGAAUAUCGGAUUGAUGGCAGUUUUACAAAGUGUACUACACGUUUUACUUUCCAUCCAAAUAAGGCCGAUGAACUUACACCAGUCAAAUCAGAAAUAUGGCUUGAUAGCAAGUGUCUCUAUCGGCGUGGUAUCUGUUGCUGUGAUCCCUUGGAUUCGAUGCUACAUAUAUGAGGUAUGUAUCAAGAUGCAUGUCGCAGUCGGUAUUGUGUCACUGGUCACAACUUGGAUACAUAUGAAGGAUCGUUUCAGUCUUAAUGGGUGGCUGUUAGUGGGGUCAGUCUGUCUUUUUCUAUUUAAUGCAGUUUUUGGUAUAAUUCGGGAGAUAUUUCGAAACACUACCAAACAACAAUCUCUCGUUACAGCAAGUCGCCAGUCCCUGGUUGACGCUGUGAUGAUCGAUUUCAGUCUCUCACGUCCAUGGGAGAUCCAUCCUGGUGAUUAUAUAUUCAUCCGGGCAUUAGGGAUUCACCCACUAUCAUUCGCAGAAUCUCAUCCAUUCAACAUCAUCUGGUGGGAUCAAGAUAAACAUGGAAUGGCAACCAGGGUAUAUGUGAUAGCUAAAGCUCAGUUUGGACUAAGUCGAAACCUCUCCAUGGUGAGCACCAGCUCGCUCAGACUAUCAAUAGAUGGUCCGUAUGGAAAAGCCCUGAACACGGGUACCUGGGAUAACUUUCUCUUCGUGGCUACGGACAUUGGCAUUACAGCUCAACUACCAUAUUUGAAGUGGCUUAUUGAUCUACAGCGUCAUCCCCGUCGCCUGGGCAGGGUCUCUAUGAUAUGGGUGGUACAGAACGACGCACAUCGAAACUGGGCACAAAGCCAACUGACUUAUUUACUGCAUGUCGACGAACGUGAUCUGGUGAGUGAAUACUGUAGCUCAUUCACACAACGCUGGGGAUCGACGUCUAAAUAUUCGAACUAA